AUGAAAAACCUGCGAGAGCUCGCCGACCAGUCCAAGCAUUGCCGCUUUCACAGGCAAAAUGGUCACGACACCGAAGACUGCCGCGAACUGAAGCGGCAGAUCGAGGAGCUCAUCCGCGGGGGACACCUAAAUCGGUACAUCCGACGUAACGGGGAGUCCUCGCCUCUCCCGGAGGGCCCCGUGGAGCGCCACAUCGAUGUCAUCACCGGAGGACCGGUAAUUGAGGGAACCAGUAUGUCGGGGAGAAAGGCAUAUGCCCGUUCCGCCAGGAUCGAUCCUCCCCAACAUGGUCCCGACCCCAAGGUCGCAUUCCCUCCCGAGGACGUCAAGCCACCGGAGCACGACGAUGCGCUUGUGAUAAUGGCUCGAAUCGCUAAUGCCUAG